GCAGUGUCCUUGGGUUGUAGCGCGCCUCUGCUCUAUCUCGGUGCUCUGCGCUCCGCCUCCCUCGGAUUUCACUGGAUGGAACGUAAAUAUUUAUUACUUAACGCGAUCCUCGGGGCCUAUCAUGCGCUUUAUUUGCCGCUAGAGGUACGUGAGAUGAAACCCACCACACCACUGAAAGCACAACAACUGGGUGUGAAGGCGAACGUGGAAGGAUUGGACAAGUCGUUUUUAGUUGCGGCCAUGGCACUGGAACAGGGACGUUGGGUCGCGCGGGACAUUGGCGGUUCCGAUCCGGAAAGAAUGGCUGCCUCGAGAAUUGUGGACUAUUUGAAAACCUCAUUGGGUGGUUUGAAAGGGGUUACCAUGACGGUGGAGAAAGUCGAUGUUCAAAAGUACCCACUGAUGGCUGCUGUGAAUCGCGCGGCCUCGGUUGUUUCGCGUCAUGACGGCCGUGUGGUUCAUCUCACCUACGAACCACCUCACCCAAACCAGAUUGAUACCACCUUGUUCCUGAUCGGAAAAGGUAUCACCUACGACACGGGUGGAGCGGACAUUAAGGCUAACGGAGUGAUGGCCGGGAUGCAUAGGGACAAGUGUGGAGCGGCUGCUAUUGCUGGUUUGUUCAAAACCUUGGGAGAACUCCAACCACCGGGAUUGUCUGUGUCCGCAUCACUAGCUUUUGUGCGCAACAGUGUAGGAGCUGAUUCCUACGUGUCCGAUGAAAUUAUAGUGGCCCGCUCCGGUCAACGGAUCCGUGUGGGCAACACGGAUGCCGAAGGCCGCAUGGUAAUGGCCGACCUGUUGUGCGAAGCUAAAGAAAAGGCACUCACUGCGACCAAUCCGUUCCUGUUUACAGUCGCCACACUUACCGGUCAUGUUGUACGGGCGUACAAACACUUUACGGCGGUAAUGGAUAACGGGCCAGCGCGCGUACACCGUGUAUCUCAUGACUUGCAGGAAGCCGGCGAUUGUAUUUCGGACAUGGCGGAGAUCUCCACCGUGCGUAAGGAAGAUUACGACUUCAAUCGAGGCAAGACCGAGUAUGAAGAUAUCCUCCAAUGCAAUAAUUUGCCCAGUAGUGCCACCCCCCGUGGACAUCAAAUCCCAGCUGCCUUCUUGGCAAUGGCCAGUGGACUGGAUAAGGUUCGGGAUAUGGAUGCGGGUGUCAGUAUGUGCUCCUCUUUUCUGCAUGGACUAAACUCGACUAAACCGUUGCCUUACACACACGUGGAUGUGGCCGGCAGUGCAGCGGAGAUACAUGUGUUGCCCACUGCCGCCCCAUUAUUAAUGUUUGCCAGUCGAUACGUGCUACCGCGACUUGGAUUUAAAUAG